UACCCUGUAACACAUAGUGCACGGCUCCUGCAAAUACCAAUCUAUACUUUUCCAACCCAAUGUACUAUUCUAUAAAUAUGUCGAGCGAGUGUAAAAAGCCCUGUUUUUAAAGUCAAUAUGCAUUCCAUACAAAUCAAUACGAAUGACUUGAUUAUGUUUUUAUCAUACGUUCUGUUUUAAAUAUGUAAUAAAAUAAUGAAAAGUGAGUGAGAGAAAGAAAAUGUUAAAUGACGCACAGGAAGAGUUAGCACAAUCUUUACCAAGAGCUAAUUAUCGCAUAAAUGAAGCAGAAAAUGUGAAUUCACUUAUAGUUGUAGAACAUAAGGGUGAUUUGUGGACAUGUGCACUAAGAAAGAUCUGUUUGACUGCUCUCUGGCUACCACUAGGCGCUCUAAUAUUUUGUUACGUGACAGCUUCUUUAUUCCAGGCAGAUGACAUUCAUGAAACCCACUGUAGGGUUUAUAACGUAGUACCAUCAAUAAGUGCAAUUACUGGCAUCAGCCCUCAAAGGUACGUCUGGAGGAUAUGCAUCGCCUACCACCUAGGACCAAGAUUAUUGAUAGGAUCUCUAUACUUUAACUACCAUAAAGAACGCACUUUGCACAUAACGGAUGAACAGACGCGAUUGACAGCAACUAAACUGGGAAAAGCUUGCUAUUGGCUAAAUUUGGUGGAAUUAUUUGCUUUGACGGGCGUCACGUAUGUCUCUAAUAGAGAAAAUUAUUUCAUUCACGAGAAGAUCUUCAUAAUUUUCAUGGUGGCUUCUCUAUUGCAUAUGUUAUGUAGAGCGCGAAUUGGAUGUAUCGGAAAUGACGUCUUGGAGCCCGUACGGACCAACAAAAUUGUGUGGAACCUAUUCUUCAUUGCAAUAGCAGCUACUACAGGAUUAAUUAUUUUUUUCUUGAGACAUCGCCUUCUGUGUAGACCGCUUGCUUUCACGUGGUUCUCCGUGUGCGAGUACAUUUUGGCCACAACGAAUAUGGUAUUCCACGCGAUUGUCGUCUUGGACCUGCCUUUUCACGAAGUAAAAGUAGUUUAUUCGGAACGCAAGAGCAAUUAAUUUUCUAUAAAUUGUAUUUACUAAUAUAAGUCUUACUGACUAUAUUCUGCACGUGUUGAGUGUUACAAUACAGCACAAUUGUAUUAUAUUUGUUUAUAAACAAUUAGUAUUAAAGUUCAAUUACUUUACCGCCUAUUUUCGAUUAAGCUGUGUAUUGUUAAGAAAAUUUACUUAAUUUUUAAUUAGACAUACUUAUCACGGCACUUAUUUGAUUAGCACAGACAUUUUUAUUGUACGAUUCGUAUUCGUAUUUCAAAAUGUCAUUGACAAACAAUUUAUUAUCUGUCAAGUUUGAUCUUUGACAGAUUUUAAGGCGCGAUCGCGAUUGUUUAUUGAUAUCCGUUUUGGAAUACGAAAAAACAAUUAUGCAUAAGUAUUAAAUAUUGUUAGAGUGAUAGGAUUAUUCUUUUGCUUAAUUAGACAUUAAAUAUUUGUCUUUACUGCUAGUAUUCACAAUUCAUUUGUAGUAAUUAAGUACUGAAAAAUAUUCGUUUAAAUAUAAUGUUUUAA